AAAAGGUUGCUUUUCCUUGAAAAUACGGGCUGCUUUUGCAUCAAGCGCUGGCCAGUCGCCUUCCUUCACAACAUGACUACAAUAUUGCUUUAAGCUUAGUCAAAGUCCCCAAAAAUGGACGAGGCAGGGACGAGGGGUAAAGACCUACCCUGACUCCAAGGCCAUAUCGUAGAAAAACCCUUGAGGCGUUGGCGGACCAUGGGAAAGCAAACAUCCAUAAUGACAUUCGCAAGCCUCUCCCAGGACGUGAGCGCUAGAAUGCCAGAAAACCUCUCUUCCCUCAACGGAAUCAAAGGGCAAAAAAGUGACCCUGCAAUCUCUCUCCAACGGCCUAUCCAGGUCCCACAGUUCCUUCCCAUCCAGUUUCGCAAUCACCACAGUAGAACUGAUCUCCUUGGGUAUAUCACGUAGGAACGAGCCUGGCGUGGUUUCCCACGCCUUGCCAAUGACGGUGGAGGGAUUCGAGUCUCCAAUGUCGAUCGUAACAGUGAUAUCGAAGCGCAGCUUAUGCUUUAAUUCUUCAUCAUGCUUCUGCUUAAGUUCUUCGAAAAGCUUAUUUCGCUCUAUAAUAAAAUCCGGUAGAGGCACUUCUGUAGCAGGUUCAGGCUUUUUCGGUUUCGCUUUUGCAGCUUUUUGCGGAGGCGGGGCACUUGAGACGGAGGGGUUAGAAGCCUCCAUGGCCGGUCUGUGAGGGAGGCUCUGUUGCUGGUUCGCAGAACUUGAUAUGUUGGCGGAUUCUCCACCCAUUAUGACGCUCAAGGGGAUUCCGCAAUUAAAUCUUCCACAAUCAAUUAUCCGUCUGUCGUGGUCACUCCAACUCACUCUAUACUCGCUCAACCUUGACGGUGCAAAAAAAGCAAUUAUUUGAAGGCGGUGAGUCACGUGGUCACUUUUUUGCUCCCACGAAUUUUGUCGGCGAAAUAAGAUAAAGAAGCUGCGCUGCUGGAAAACGCCCUGGACAGCGCUGCUUUUCUCCCAUCAUCAAUUCAAACGCCCGCAACCAUGUCUUUCAGAGGAGGCAGUCGAGGCCGCGGUGGCUUUGCUACUGGCGCCAAUCGGGGCAGCUCAGGCUUCGGUGGACGUGGUGGACGAGGAGGAGGCUUCCAACCCUCAUUCGGCCCUCCAGCUACUGUUUUGGAGAUGGGUUCUUUCGUGCACGCCUGCGAAGGAGAGAUGGUUUGCGAGUCCAUCAACCCAAAAAUUCCCUACUUCAAUGCACCGAUAUAUUUGGAAAAUAAGACUCCCGUUGGAAAAGUCGAUGAAGUUCUAGGUCCUAUCAACCAAGUCUACUUCACCAUAAAGCCCCAGGAAGGAAUCGUCGCAACUUCAUUCAAAUCGGGAGACAAGUUCUACAUUGGAGGAGAUAAAUUGCUGCCAUUAGAGAAGUUCUUGCCUAAACCAAAACCACCUCCAGGUGCCCCAAAACCAAAGAAGGCCAGUGGUGCUGGCCGAGGCGCAGCCCGUGGUGGUCGCGGCGGGCGCGGAGCCCCUCGUGGAGGAAGAGGUGCGCCACGAGGACGGGGCGGAGGCGUAGGAAGAGGAGCCCCUCGCGGUGGAAGGGGAGGAUUUACACCCCGCGGUGGUUCCAGGGGCGGGUCUCGCGGUGGUUUCGGCGGGCGGAAGUUCUAGAGGUUUUUAUUUUUUUCAUUGGCGUUUUGGGAGCUCUCAACGGAGGUUAUCAAUUUACCAAACUGCUACUUUGUUCUGCAUAAUUUAAAAAAUAAACUGCCUUUAUUUUCUACUUCAUAAAGGCAUUGUGGCAUUUAUUGUAGGACUAGAUGUUCCGUUUUUCGAAAAGUCACGAUAUUCUGUACAUUUCUUCUGGGUGAACUAAUGGGAUCAUAUUGAUCAUGAAACACUGUUAUUUAACUCUCCAUUAGUGUAAAUAGAGGCCAAGAAUGAUGGAGGUGGGUAAUUCUCGUUCUGGUUCUUGUGCAGGCUUUUUUGAGUUCCAAGCUUGCG